AUGGCCUCGCCGCGAGGCAAACCAGGCCGGCGGCGCGGCGGCGGGCGAGCCGCAGCCGCACCCGCCUGCGCGACGGCACAGCGUUCCUCGGCCUUCGACGCGGACACCUGGCAGGCCGCCCUCAACGAGCAGCUGGAGGCGCUCGAGCGCGCGGCCGGAGCUCGUCUGGCGAGCGGACACGAUGCUGGAGCGGUCCUCGUUGUCGGUGGAGGAGUGUGCGUGUGUUCGUUGGUAACAGGCGUGCGAAUGCGAUGCUUGAGGCGCGCGAAUGCGAUGCUUGAGCUGCCGCAUUGUGGCAGCAUCGAGGAGCAAGGCGCCACCGCGCUCGCCCUGCUGCGUGGCGAACCUUCCGCGAAGCUUCCUGCGGCGGGCAUCGAACCUUCCGCGAAGCUUCCUGCGGCGGAGGAGGAGAAGGCGGCGGCGGAGCAGGCGGCGGAGGCGGAGGAGGGAGCGGCGGCGGCGGUAGAGGCGGAUGCGGCGGUGGCGGAGGAGGAGGAGGCGGCGGUGGCGGAGGAGGCGGCGGCGGCGGCGGCGGCGGCGGCGGCGGCGGCGGCGGCGGCGGCGGCGGCGGCGGCGGCGGCGGGCGGCGGGGCGUGUCCCACGAUAGUGACGCAUGCCGUGCCUGUGCCGCCGAGCGCCAUCGGCAAGGAGGAGGAGGAGGUGGAGGAGGAGGAGGAGGAGCAGGAAGGGGCGAUGGAAGAGGUAGAGGAGGAGGAGGGGGGGGCGGCUGAGGAGCCGGAGGGGGGCGAGGAGGCGGAGGAGGAGGAGGAGGCGGAGGUGGUCGUGUCGCUCUCCGAGUUCAGCGGCUACUUGACGCGUGGCGGUGGCAGACGAGACGACGGAGCGAGCGAGCCCGAAACUCUCCUCUCUGUCCGGUCGGGCGACCUCGCGCGGGGAGAUUGCAAUCUCAGGGCCCUCGGAGCCUCCGUUCCGUUCAAGCCGCCGCUGCCACCUCCGUCGUCGCCACCGCCGCCAACGCCCUCUCUUGCCCCGCCGCCGCCACCGCCGCUGCCGUUUCAGCAGCAGCCGCAGCAGCGGUGGCGGCAGCAGCAGCAGCAGCAGCAGCAGAUGGCGCGGCAGCUGGCGCAGCAGCCGCCGCAGCAGCAGCAACCGCAGCCGCAGCAGCAGCCGCAGCCGCAGCAGCAGCAGCAGCAGCUGGCGCAGCAGCCGCAGCCGCACUGGCAUUGGGACUAUCUCCCUCGGAGGAAGCAUCGGAACCAGCCAAAGCCGUGCUACGAGUGGCGCGACAGCGGGCAGUACUCCCAUGCGGUCGAGCCUCCGCACACGCGUUUCGCGCGGCCGGCGGCGGCGGCCGGGGUAGGAACGGCGGCGGCGGCGGGGGCGGCGGCGGCGGCAGGAACGGCGGGGGCGGCAGGAACGGCGGCGGGGGCGGCGGCGGCGGCGGCGGGGACGGCGGCGGCGGCGGAGGCGGGAACAGCAGGAACGGAAGGAACGGCGGCGGCGGUGCACGCGGCGGUUGUUGCGUCGGCCGGGGCUGCAAGCCGAGAAGGCAACGGUGGUGCGGAGGGGGGCAGCGUCGUGUCCGUCGCGAACUUGCCGUGGUCUGCGACGGACGAGCAGGCGGAGCAGGAGAAGGACGAGGCGGAGGAGGAGGAGGAGGAGCAGGAAGGGGCGAUGGAAGAGGUAGAGGAGGAGGAGGGGGGGGCGGCUGAGGAGCCGGAGGGGGGCGAGGAGGCGGAGGAGGAGGAGGAGGCGGAGGUGGUCGUGUCGCUCUCCGAGUUCAGCGGCUACUUGACGCGUGGCGGUGGCAGACGAGACGACGGAGCGAGCGAGCCCGAAACUCUCCUCUCUGUCCGGUCGGGCGACCUCGCGCGGGGAGAUUGCAAUCUCAGGGCCCUCGGAGCCUCCGUUCCGUUCAAGCCGCCGCUGCCACCUCCGUCGUCGCCACCGCCGCCAACGCCCUCUCUUGCCCCGCCGCCGCCACCGCCGCUGCCGUUUCAGCAGCAGCCGCAGCAGCGGUGGCGGCAGCAGCAGCAGCAGCAGCAGCAGAUGGCGCGGCAGCUGGCGCAGCAGCCGCCGCAGCAGCAGCAACCGCAGCCGCAGCAGCAGCCGCAGCCGCAGCAGCAGCAGCAGCAGCUGGCGCAGCAGCCGCAGCCGCACUGGCAUUGGGACUAUCUCCCUCGGAGGAAGCAUCGGAACCAGCCAAAGCCGUGCUACGAGUGGCGCGACAGCGGGCAGUACUCCCAUGCGGUCGAGCCUCCGCACACGCGUUUCGCGCGGCCGGCGGCGGCGGCCGGGGUAGGAACGGCGGCGGCGGCGGGGGCGGCGGCGGCGGCAGGAACGGCGGGGGCGGCAGGAACGGCGGCGGGGGCGGCGGCGGCGGCGGCGGGGACGGCGGCGGCGGCGGAGGCGGGAACAGCAGGAACGGAAGGAACGGCGGCGGCGGUGCACGCGGCGGUUGUUGCGUCGGCCGGGGCUGCAAGCCGAGAAGGCAACGGUGGUGCGGAGGGGGGCAGCGUCGUGUCCGUCGCGAACUUGCCGUGGUCUGCGACGGACGAGCAGGUGGAGGCUGCGAGUGGGUCGGCGAGGCGAAAGGGCAAGGGCGGGCAGCGGCGGGGCGCGGCGGGCGCGGCGGCGGAGGGGGCGGAGGCGGCGGCGGCGGCGGAAGCGGCGGCGGCGGCGCGGGAGAUUGCAACCUCGCCGGCGGCGGCGGCGGAGCCGGAGGCGGCAGCGCAGGAGCUCGAGGCGCUGCGAGCGAUCUACGGCGGCGGCGGGGAGGAGGAGGGCGGCGAGGCGGCGGGCGGCGGCGGGGCGUCGGUGGUGCUGCAGGUUUCGGUUCGGCCUCCGGCACGAUCGAUGAACGAGUUAAGGUUUCGGUUCGGCCUCGGCACGCCGCUGCAGGCGGCGCGGGGGGUGUUCAGUUCAUCUGCUGAGCGCAGCAUUGAUUCAUUAGUUAAUGCGCCGGUGCAGGCGACGCUGGAGGUGUUUGUGCCUGGACGGUACCCGUCGCGAGAGCCGCCACACCCGGUCGAGACGCUGCGGCAGGAGGUGUCGGCCGCGCACGAGGCGGCGGAGGCGGCGGCGGAGGCGGCGGCGGCGGCGAGGGCGGAGGAGGCGGAGGCGGAGGCUGCGGCGGACCUCGUGGUCAACUUGCACGACAACAAGUGCAAGGCGCGGCGCGACCUGCGCGGCAAGACGCUCGGGUGCUUCUGCGUGCCGCUGCAGUGCCACGGAUACGUGCUCGCGAUGGUGGCAAACUCGGAGUCGGACGCGGAGCUGCUCUGCCAGCCGGCGCUCAAAGCGGAGCUCACUUUGCUCAAGGUGCCGCAUGCCGAUGCCGUCGACCGGCUCAUCCAGGCACGCCAGCUGCAGUCGCCGGGCUGCUACGGGAAGUCAGCCGCAACGUUCGCCUCAGCUGACACCGGCGACGACAAGCUGAGCUUGCAGGAACUGGACGGUGCGCUCAGGUGCUUGCUCGGGUUGCUGGAUGUGGACGGUGAUGGCAGGGUCGAGAAGGAGGAGUUCAAGGAGACGCUCGAGCAGACGCUCUGGCUAAACGAGGUGAGCCUCUGGCAGAAGCUCGAGGAGAGCCGCAAGAAGGGAAGACGGAGCUCGUCGCGAGGGGUCGAGAGGGCGCUCAAGCCGCUCGAGGGCAUCCUCCAGCUGCGCGACACGAAGGAGAUCCACACGGCGCAGCAGGUGAUGCAGGUCCUGCGCUUCUGCAGCAACACGACGCUCACCUUCUUUCUGCGCGCCAUGCCGCCGUCGGUCGAGGUGCUCAACCCGGCAAGACGCGCUCCUUACCCACCAACCGCGUGGCGCAGCAUGCCGCUCUCCUCCUCUUCCGACGACUACCCCGUUGAUGCCUGGUCGGCGGCCAUGUGCCCUGCGCCGGAUCUCCGCCUCAGCACGCUCACCUCUCGCGCCGUCUCUGUUGAGCACGCCGAAGAGUUCCGCGUCGCGCUCCAGGAGCUGCUGCCAGAGGAGGGCGAGGCGGACGUGGUUGACGUGCUGCGCACCUACGGCACCAACCUCCUGCCGGUCGUCAUUCCUGGCCUCGCCGUCGCGCUGCUGGUGCUUGUCUGCUGUUUUCCGCUCUGGAUCGCCCGCUGCCGCGCGCACAAAUGCUGCGCGCCGGGAGACUUCUACGGCCCGCGCAGGACCACGCGCCUGAUGGCCAACUGCUGCUUCCCGGUGCUCUCGCUCUGCAUCCUCGUCGCCUGCGCGAUCGGCGUCGUCGCAGUCUCUGACCUCUCUCCCGCCGGACAAGCGUCGGCCUGCGCCGCCGAUCAGCUUCUGAAUGACACCGCGGGGCUCGUUGGCGUCGCAGAGUCGAGCCUGAACACCCUGGCGAGCAGCUUUGACCAGGCAAACGAGAGCGCACAAACCUUCAGCGCGACGCUCUCCUCCCUCUCCACCGGCGCCGUCCGCACCUGCGACACGCUCGGGGACAUCAACGCAACCAUCGCGGGUUUCAAAGAGUAUCUUCCUGCCGACGACUACGCCGAUCUAAUCGGCCGCCUCCAGCCGGCCAAGGACGUGUGCGAGGACCUCAACGACGACGUUCUUCCGGCGCUGGACUCGGCGGCCACGGCGCUCGUCUCGGUCGACGAUGCCCUGGCUGCGGCGGCCGAGGCGCUCGAUGCCGCAGAGGACUUUGUCACUGAAGCGGUCGACGCGAUCGGAGACUAUGGCAGCGCCACCAUCGGCGACUACACCGUCGGGGCCUUGCUCAACCUCGCCUGGCCGACACCGGACGGCCCUCCGCCGCCGAGCGACUUGCCCGCAGGGCUGACCGACAUCUCGCUCAAUCUCGCCUCCUUCCUUGUCGGCCUCGCCCUCUUCAUCCUCCCACUCGUCCUCGUCACGCUCUCCCUGCUGGUCGCCGCGCCCGCCGCCGCCUUCACCAAGGACAAGCGCCGCUGCUGCUGCGCAGGCUGCGGCGUCCAGCUCCUCGGCCUCUCGUGGGUCUGCGCCGGCAUCGUCGCCUUCGCCCUCUUCAUCGCCGGCGCGCUGCUGAUCGCCGCAACCACCGCCACAAACGACGCGCUCGUGGUGGUGCGCGGUCUCACGGCGGACGGCCCCACCGACUUCGCCUCCACCUUCAACGGCACGAGCGUGUGCGGCGUGCUCGGCAGCGCGCCGCCCACCAUCCAGCUUCCCGAGGGGCUCGACCUCGCCACCCUCGGCUCGCUCGCGAAUGACCUGCUGCCGCCGGCCAGCCGCCGACUGUCCGAGCCGACGACGGCUUCGGCCGACGCCUCGUGCUGGCUGGCCGACGCCGUGCUCGAGACGUGCUGGUCGUCAGACGCGGGCAGCCUGCUCGAUGUGCUGCUAUCCACCUUUGGCUUGCCCUUUAGCGUGGCGACGAUCCGCGCCAACAUCACCGCGCUCAACGAGACGCUCGGCGAGGUGGACGUGACGCAGGGCUUCAACAUCUCUGAGGCGAGCGUUGUCGACGAGUUUGGGGACUAUCUCGCCGGCAAGGAGCCCGCCGACUUUGGGCUGCCCUGCCCCGCCGAGGGCCAGAGCGGCAACGACUACUGCGCCGAUGACAACACCUGCGGUGGUGCCGACGAAUGUUGGUGUGGCGGCUGCAAGCCGUGCAAUGGCAUCUUGUGCAACGGGGUGGAUCCCCGGCCGACCUGCGACUCCGUAUACACCGACAACGUCAUACCCGCAUACGGCAAGACGGCGAAGCAGAUGUGCGACGAAGUCAGAGCCACCAUCGACGACCUCCAGACCGAUGCCGCGGUCGUGUCGAGCGAGGUUGCCAUCCUCACCGAGACCUUCAACGCAGCCAGCUCCAACCUCCGGGCCCUCACCGGCUCGCUGGUCGCCGCGCUCGACGGCGCCGUCGACGACGCGCUGCUCCUCUCCGACUGCGCGUGGGUGAGCGCUGACGUCGACGCCGCCCUUGACUCGCUCGAGAGCCUCUCGGCGACACUCUACGUCGCGGGCGGCUUUGGCUUCCUCCUCUGCGCGGCGCUCCUCUUCCUGUACAUGCCCAGCGCCAUCGCCGUCCAGAUCGUGCACGGCGGCGUCGGCAAGCAGCCGGGCUGCCCGACCUUCUGCCGCUCCGUCGCCUGCUGCGGCGCCGGCCACGGGCGCGGUGCGUCGGUGCAGGACAUGGACAUGGACGGCACUAUGGUUGUCGACAUGGAUGGCGCGCCGCAAAAGUCGAGCCUGCGCGCGAGCAGUCAGCGGUUGUGACGAGCCCGCGCAGGCGGCAGAAACGUGACCCCCGCGCCGGGAGAGCGGGCGCGCCCUCUCGCAUGUUGACUAGGCGGCGUGGCCCUAGUGCCCGGCCGGAGCACCAGAUAUGGAGCUUCCCUUCUCUGGAGCCAGCGCAGGUUUGCGCGCUCGUGUGUGUUGUGCGGGCCGCACGUCUCUCCUCCGCAUCGUCGUAACCUACCUCAUGAGCUACCUUUACGAUGACCCCACAGCGAAGGCUGCGUGGCCAGACCCGUUCUCCGUUUUGAUUUUUGUGGUCCUGAAACCAAAUCUGAGCCAUAGGCCAUAGCAUUUUU